AUCAUUAAGCUGCCCGGAGAAAGCAUUUGAGGGUGUUCACGGUCUUUGCCUUCAAGGCACUAUUUAUAGCUCUCCCAUCCAGUUCAACCUGCAUACACGAGCACGCUCAAACAUAUGCAAUUCGGUCGAUAGGAUUGUUCUGGCCAGUUGAGCAACACGGUGCCAUUCGGAGCAGCAGCAGGGCGAGGAGCUAGGCUGCAGGAGGCGUUUCCAACGCUCUCUGUCAUGUUUUGUAGCACUCCAACUUAAUCGAUAGUGCACGGAAGAAGGCGCCAUGGAGGGGGGCCUCUUCCCUCCUGGCCCACCGCGAGGGGCUCCACCUCGCGGCCGCGUGAGUGAAGUAGACAUGGGCGGAGUGGUUCCGCGCGGCCCGGUGAGCGAUGACGUGCUCCAGGCCAUCAAUGAGCGCGCCACUGCGAUCUUCUCCAGCCACAAGCACAAGGUGUCGGGCAUGCUGGAGGCGCCGCAGGGGCUGUAUGCGCUGGCGCUGGUGGGAGCCAUGCUCGGGCUCAACCAGAAGCAGCUGGACUCGGAGCUGCAGAUGGCCCAGAAGGUGGGCCGCCGCGCUCUGAGCUUCGAGGACUUCAUGACGGCGGUGGAGGCCAUGGUGUCGCUGCACGGCGCACUGGCGCAGCAGCAGGUCAAGCGACUGCCCAACAACGACAUGAGUAAGGCGCUGCGCAGCGCCUUCGACAUGUACACCAAACUGAACGUGGGCGGCUUCGUGGGCGGCGACAGCCGCAUGAACAGCAACCAGUUCACCAAGAUGUGCACGGACGCCGGAAUGAUGGAGCCCAACGGCCCGGCCAGUGUGUCCACGCUGCAGCUGAGCUGGGCGUCCUGCAAGGCCACCUUCGGCUCCACCCGCCUGCAGUACAGCCAGUUCCUCAAGAUCCUGGGCGCCCUGGCGGCGGAGCUGUCUGGCGACGUAAUGCUGCUGGUGGCGGGGCUGGGGCUGCAGCUGCCCACCGUGCCGCCGCUGCGCAACGGCUUCCGCAAGCCGGACGCGGGCGAGGUGAACCUCAACGUGCCCAAGCCCGAGCUGGUGCAGGGCAUGGGCGCGCACAUGGCGGCAAACGAGGAGUACGAGAAGUUCGUGGAGGGAGGCAUGGGCCGGCGCGACCCACUCCGCGCCAACGCCUCGCCCAUCAAGGCGCGCUCGUCCAUGAACGGCGGCGCAGUGCCCAACUGGGUCAAAGCCAUGCAGGCCGACCAGGGCGGCGGCAGCGUAAUGACGUCGGGCCAGGACAUCCGCGGCAUCCCGGUCAUUGAGACGCCCGACAGCGACGACGACAUGCCCAAGAAACCGCAGCCGCGCAAGUCCGGCAUGGCGCCGCAGCCCCCGUCCGAGGGCCCGCAGCGCGUGGCGGCCUCGCCCAUGCGCGGCCCGCGCGGCGGCAAGCUGCCCCAGAUGGGCAGCAGCAGCGGCGGCCCGGAGGCCCUGUCCUCGCCCCUGGACGAGUACGUGAUCAAAGCCGACGCGCCCAACUACGGCGGCCGCGGCAACCAGAUUGACAUCACGGAGAGCACCGGCCCCAUGACCGUGCGGCCGCGCGAGAGCCUGCGCAACGGCCCGCGCGGCGACCCCGACAGCCCCACCUUCAACCCGCUGGAGCCAUCCAUCCUGUCGGGCGCCGGUCAGCGCAUGCGCAAGUCCGUCAUCCAGCCCGAGGCCAUGCAGGAGGUGGUGCAGCAGCAGCAGCAGGCGGUGAAGGCGCUGGAGACCAAGGUGGAGGAGCAGCAGCAGCGCGAGAAGGACCUGUUCCAGCGCGUGCAGGUGCUCACGGAGAAGCUGCAGGAGGCGCAGGUCGCGGCGGCCAUUACCGUCAAGCCCGGCUGCCCCGGCGCGCCGCUGUCCAUGCCGGACGUGCCGGAGGGCAAGCCGCGCACGGUGGUGUCGGGGCGCUGCCCGCUGACGGACCAGGUGGAGAAGCUGACGCAGCAGAUGGCCGAGGUCAUGUCGCGCCUGUCCGCGCUGGAGAGCAUCCGCAUGCAGUCCAAGAGCGAGGGCGACGCCAAGACGCGCAACCCCGUGGCUGCGCGCGCGCCCACGUUUGAGGACAACGGCGCGCUGGCUCCCUCCACGGGCUGGACGCCUCCGGGCAUGGGCGCGGCGCGGCGGCCCAACGGCGACGAGGCGCCGGCCCUCAUCGGCGCGCUGCAGCCCGCCAACGCCACGCAGGGCGAGUGGAUGAGCCGCCUGCUGCUGAACCUUGACAAGCGCGUGCGGGGCAUGGAGGCUGCGGCCGGCAAGCCCGACACCGAUAAGGACGAGGAGGCGCUGGCCGAGGUGCUGAGGCAGCUGCAGGCCUACGAGGGGCAGCGCCGCCAGGCGGCCGCGCCGCCGGGCGCCGCGCCCAUCACUCCAGUGGCGGGCGCCGACCCGUUCAGCCCUGCCUUCGCCAUGGUGGACCACCGCGGCCGGCCCAUGCCGGCGCCUGCGCCCGGCGCGCCGCCUGUGCUGAUGCCCACCGGCGACCCGGAGCUGGACAAGCGGCUGCGCGCGCUGGCUGACGACAUGCGCAACAAGAACGCCACCGUGGGGCUGCUGCUGGACAUGUUCAACCAGACCCGCGCCGAGGUGGCUUCGCUGUCGGCGCAGCUAGCGGAUAUGCGCAAGGCCGGCGGCGGCGAGCCGGCCGAGGCAAUGGGCAUGGCGCCCUCGCCCGGCGGCAAGGCGCGCAACCCCAUCAGGGUGGUGGACAGCGGCUUCAUGGCGCCCGAGGUGACUAUCAACGCCGCGCCCGGCCGCAGGGCCGCCGAGCCCGGCUCCGAGGCCGCGCUGGGCCCGCUGGCCCCGCAGCUGGAGAACGUGAUCGCCGAGAACAGCAGCAUCAAGAUGGCCAUGCGCGAGCUGUGCGCCGCCGUGGGCGUCACGCCGCCGCCGCUGCUGGCCGCGGGCGAGCCCGGCAGGGCCGGCCCCGCGCCCGCCGCCGGCGCCGACGCGUUCGAGAUGUCGCCGUGGGGCGCGGCGGGCCGUCGCAACCUGAAGGAGGAGACCCAGGAGGUGAAGAAGAACGUGGAGACGGUGCAGCAGGAUGUGGGCGAGCUGAAGAAGGUGGUGGAGCAGAUGCGGGCCGGGUAUGGCGAGUGGCCGCAGCCAAUGCGCGCUCCGCAGCCCGGCGCCGCGCCGGGCGCCGCCGCCGCGCAGAUGCCGGACAUGGACGCCAUGCAGCCGGUGGCGGCCGGCGGCGGCCGCAACCCCAUCCAGGUCACCGCCGGCGCCCCCCUGCACUCGGUGGACCCGCUGCUGGUGCCCAAGGACCGCCGCAGCCUGACGCCGCUGGGCGAGCCGGGCGCCGUGGGCGGCCUGCCCGACGCUGAGCUGGGACACCUCAAGGACGACCUGCAGAAACUCAAGGCUUUUGUGGGCCUGGCGGACGCUGUGGCGACCAUGCCGCAGCUCCCGGGUGCCGGCGGCGCCGCACCCGGCAUGGGCCCGACGGCGGGCGCCGGGGCGGUGGAGCUGGGCGCGUGGGCGGACGCGGGCCGCGGCCCCCGGCCGCUCAAGGAGACCGUGCAGACCGUGGCGCAGGACGUGGACGCGCUGCGCAAGCACGUCAAGGCGAUGGACGCUGCGCUGAGGACUAACAUUAACAACACCAACAACAUGACUUCUUUCCUAAACACGAACGCGCCGGCGCUCAUGGCGGCUGCGGAGGCGGCCUCCAAGGAGGCGGAGGAGGCCAAGGCCGCCGGCCGCAACCCGGUCAAGGUGUCGGCGGGCGGCGUGGAGGCGGGCGGCGCGCUGGCGCCCGGACAGAAGGGCCUGCUACCCAUGCAGACUGCGGGCAACUUUGAGGGGGGUGUGGUGGACCCUGGCGAGUACCAGGCCCUGCGCGACCAGGUGCGCAACAUGGCCACCUAUCUGGGCGCACCCGCCACCGCCACCGCGCCCGGCCUGGGCGCCACGCCCGGCGCCAAGCCCGGCCUGGAGCCCAUGGCGCAGGCGGCCGGCGGCCCGUGGGGCGCGCCCGGCCGCGCCGGCCCUGGUGGUGGUGCCGGCGGGUUUGGCCCCGGCGGUGCUGCUGGCGGCACGCUGCCGGAGCAGAUGGACAACCUGCAGAAGCAGGUGGCGGCAAUGGGGCGCGCCAUGAUGGCAGCGGGCAUGAAUGUGGACUCUUUCGAGGGCGGCAACGCUGCGGCUGCGGCGGCGGCGGGCGGCAACGCGGCGUCAGAGGAGAUGGCCAACGUCAAGAGCCGCAACGCCAUCGAACUGGUGCCGGGCAUGGCGGCGGUGGAAGUGCAGCAGAAGUUUAUGUCGCCCGGCCGUGGCCCGCUGGCCACACCCAAAGGCGGCGCGGCGGCGUUGGAGCCGUCGGUUUCGGCGCUGCAGGACGAGAUGCGCGCCAUGAAGGCGUACCUGGGCAUUGAGGCGGUGCCGCCGGGCAUCAAGCCCGUGGGCCGCAGCGCGGCGCCCGGGCUGGAGCCCAUGCAGGCGGCGGGCGUGCCCGGCGACUCCUGGGGCACCUCGGGCCGCACCGGCCGCGACUUCAGCGAGGUGCGAGCGGGCGGCGCGCUGGGCGACAUGGCCCGCGACCUGGACAACAUCAAGCGCCGCCAGGCAGACGUGGAGGAGGCGCUGCGCGUGGCGGGCGUGCCGCUGGCCGCAGGAGGCCAGGGCGGCGCGGGUGGCGCUGGCGGCGAUGGCUCCGGCGCGGGUGGCGGCGGCGCGGGCAGCAAGCCGCGCAACCCCAUCAUAGUGUCGUCCGGCUACGUGGCCGGGCCGGAGGCAGACAAGAAGGGCUUCCAGGGCCCUGGCAGGCCGCUGCAGCCGCUGGGCAACAUCGAGGGCGUGCCGGAGCCAGUGAUCAGCCACCUGGGCGCGCUGCAGGACGACGUGCGCCGCAUGGCCCAGUUCCUGGGCAUGACGCCCGCUGUGGCAGCGGCACCGGCGCUGCCGGGCGCCGCGCCGGCCGGCGUUGCGCCGGUGGCGGGCGCGGAGGCGGGCGCGGCGCCUGUGUCCUGGGGCUCGGCGCCGCCGGCGCGCGCUGCGCCCAAGAUCCAGAACAUUGGCGACCUGGUCAACGAUGUGGAGAACUACAAGGCACGGCAGCAGGGCGUGGAGCGCGUGCUGAGGUCCAUGGGCGCGCAGAUCCCCUGGCCCGAGGACCCCGUCCCAGCGCCGGCGCCUGCCGCCGGCGCCGCGCCGGACGGCGACGCCGCGGGCGAGUCGCCGGUGCAGGUGUCGCGCCAGCGCAAUGCCAUCGCCGUCAGCGCCGGGCCUGUGGAGUACGGUGGAGCGCUGGCGGCGCCGGCUGGCCGCGGCGGCCUGGCGCCUCUGUCGCCGGGUGCGGGCGCGGAGGCGCUGUCGCCCGUGGUAGCAGCCAUGGCGGAUGACCUGCGUCGGGUGCAGGCGGUGCUGGGGCUCAGCCCUGCCGCCGCGGCAGCCAUGGCGGGCCUGCCGGGCGCAGGUGGCGCGCCGGGCCUGGCGCUGAUGGCGGGCCGCGACGACGGCGUGUCGGGCAACUGGGGCGUGGCGGGCCGCGACGUGCCGCGCUGGCCCAACGACCAGCCCAAGAACCUGGUGGAGAUCGCGCGCGACGUGGACGACAACCGCAAGCGCGUCGCGGCGAUCAUUGACGCCAUGAAGGCGGCCAACAUCCCCAUCCCGGCGACGCUGGCGGCGGAGGCGGCUGGCGACGACUUCAGCACGCCCGAGGGCGCGGCGGCUGCGGAGCAGCGGCGGCGCAACGCCAUCAGCGUGAGCGCGGGCCCGCUGCAGCCGGGCGGCCCCGGCGCGGGCCAGUUUAUGAGCCCCGGCCGCAAGCUCCCGGGCAUGGAGGGCCUGCCGGAGCCGGUGCAGGCAGAGCUGGCCAAGAUGGCGGACGAUAUCCGCAAGGUGCACGCCUACCUGGGUAUGAACCCCGCGGUGGCGGCGGCACCCGCCCUCGCAGCGGCGCCCGCUGUCGCAGCCAUGGUGCCCAUCGCCGGCCGCGACGACGGCGUGUCGGGCAACUGGGGCGUGGCCGGCCGCGAGGGCCCGCGCGGCCCCGGCGAGCCGCCGAAGAGCAUGGGCGAGGUGGUUAAGGAGCUGGAUGACAACAAGCGGCGCAUGGCCGCGAUCAUUGACGCCAUGAAGGCGGCCAACAUCCCCGUGCCGCCAGGCGUCGAUGGCGCGGAUGGUGCGGGCGCGGCGGGCGAGUCGCCGGUGCAGGUGUCGCGCCAGCGCAACGCAAUCGCCGUCAACGCCGGGCCGAUGAUGCCGGGCGGCCCGAUGGGCGCGGCGCCGGGACGCAACCUGCCCGCACUUGAGGGCCUGCCAGAGCCGGCGGCGGUGGAGAUGGCGCGCAUGGCUGACGAGCUGAAGCGGGUGCAGGCCAUUCUGGCCAACUCGCCCGCCAUCGCCGCCACGCCUGCCGCCGCGGCCGCGCUGGCGCAGGCGGGCGCGCCGCCACCGGGUGCCUCCGACGACGGCAUGUCGGGCAACUGGGGCGUGGGCGGCCGGCCGCCGGCCUCAGGCGGCCCGGAGAAGAAUGUCAGCGAGAUCAUUCGCGAGAUGGACAACAACAAGCGCCGCAUCGAGGCGCUGGAGAACGUCGUGCGCGGCGGCGUUCCGGGCAUGGGCUCCGGCUCGCGUGGCGAUGGGUCUGGUGGCGACGCGGACGAUAAGAGCUCACCCGAGGGCGGCACGGAGCAGCAGCAGCGGCGACGUAACGCAGUGAACGCGACGGCGGGUGGGGUGGACGGCGGCUCGCCCAUGUUCGCGCCGGGCCGCGUGCCGGCGUCUCUGCAGGGUCUACCGGAGCCAGCACAGGCCGAGCUGGCCAAGAUGGCGGAUGAAAUCAAGCAGAUGAAGAGCUUCAUGGACAUGGGCCCGGCCGCGCGCGCCAAGGGCCCCGGCGCCGACCCCAUCCAGCCAGUGAUGGCGGCCGUGCCCGGCGGAGGCUUCGACUCGUGGGGCGGCCCCGGCCGCGACCCGCGCGCCGCGCCGGAGGGACCCCGCAACAUGGGCGAGGUGGUGAAAGACCUGGACGAUAACAAGCGGCGCGUGGCGGCGCUGGAGACGGCGAUGCGCGCCGCUGGCAUCCCCAUCCCGUCGCCCGACGGCGAGGCGGCCGGCGAGGCGGCCGGCGAAGCGCCAGCGCAGCGCAAGCGUAACCCGAUCAUGGUGUCCUCCGGCCCGGCGAUGGUCACGCCAGGCGGUUUCAACGCGCCGCAGCGGCCGGUUGGCGUUGGCGCGGCGGCUGCGGGCGAUGCCGCGGAGCCGCUGCAGCCCCACAUGGGCAACAUGGCGGACGACAUCCGACAGAUGAAAGCCUUCCUCAACAUCGGCCCGCCCGUGCUGGCGCCCAGCAUGCCGGCACUGCCGGGCGCCGCGCCCGCGCCGGGCGUGGUGCCCAUGGCGGGCCGCGACGACGGCGUGUCGGGCAACUGGGGCGUGGCCGGCCGGCCGCCGCGGCAGGCGGGCGAGCCUCCGCGUGACAUGGGCGAGGUGGUGAAGGAUGUGCACGACAACAACCGGCGCGUCGCCGCGAUCAUUGACGCCAUGAAGGCGGCCAACAUCCCCAUCCCGCAAGCGCUGGCGGCGGAGGCGGCUGCUCUGCCCCAGGAGAGCCCGGCGGAGGUGCAGCGCAAGCAGCAGCGCAACCCGAUCAUGGUGUCAGCCGGCGGCUUCGAAUCGGGCCCCGGCUUUGCGGCGCCCAGCCGCGAGCUUAAGGCAGCCAUGGCGGGUCUACCGGAGCCGCUGCAGGCGGAGUUGGCCAAGAUGGCGGACGACAUGCAACGCAUGAAGAUUUUCAUGAACGGCACUCCGGCCGUGGCAGCCGCGCCCGGACUGGCGGCGGCACCCAUUGCUGCGGUCAUGCCUAUGGCUGGUCGUGACGACGGCGUGUCGGGCAACUGGGGCGUGGCCGGCCGGCCGCCGCGGCAGGCGGGUGAGCCUCCUCGUGACAUGGGCGAGGCGAUGAAGGACGUGCAGGACAACAACCGCCGUGUGGCUGCCAUGAUUGACGCGAUGAAGGCCGCGGGCAUCCCCAUCCCGCCAGCGCUGGCGGCGGAGGCGGCUGCUUUGCCGGAGGAGAGCCCGGCUGAGGUGCAGGCGCGCAAGCAGCGCAACCCCAUCAUGGUGUCUGGGGGCCCCAUGGACUCGCAGGGAUUCACGGCGCCGGCCGGCCGCCAGCCCGCGAUGGAGGGCGUGCCGGAGCCGGUGAAGGCGGAGCUGGCGCGCCUCAACGACGACGUGAGGCGCAUGCAGGCGGCACUCGCCACCGUGCCCGCGCUUGCCGCCGCGCCGGCGCUGGUCGCUGCCAAGGCCGGCGCGGGACCCGACGCCGGCCGCGACGACGGCGUGUCGGGCAACUGGGGCGUGCCGGGCCGCGAUCCCCGCGGCCCCGGCGAGGCUCCUGCGCCCUCGGUGUCCGACCUGAGCCGCGAUUUGGACCGGUAUAAGGAGCGCACCAACGCAUUGGCCGACGCGAUGCAGGCCGCCGGUAUCCCGGUGCCGCCGCCGGGUGCGCUUGGCGAGGCGGCGCCGGCGGAGGGCUCGCCCGAGGCGGCGGCGCGCAAGCGCAACGCCAUCGCCGUAAGCCCGGCCCACUACGGCGGGCCGGAGCAGCAGGGCUUUGCGGGACCGGGCCGCGGCGCGGCGGGCGCUGGACCGGACGCGGCGCCGCUGCCGGCUCGCGUGGACAACCUGGCGGAAGAGCUGAAGGCCAUGAAGGCGUUCCUAGGCAUGCCGGCGGAGGCGCAGGCGCCCAAGCUGGGCCCCGACGGCAAGCCACUGGCGCCAGGCGCGGAGGCGGUGGAGGGCGGCCCGUGGGCCGGCCCCGGCCGGGUGCCCAUCGCCAAGGCGGUGGAGAAUGUGACGCGCGACAUGGACGACGUCAAGGACAAGCUCAAGGAGCUGGACCGCGCGCUCAAGGCUGCGGGCAUGGGCGCGCAGCUGCCCAAGGAGCUGGGCGGCCCCGGCGGCGGCCCGGGCGCGGAGGACCGUGGGCCCGAGGCGGCGGCCGGCCGGCAGCGCAACGCCGUGGCGGUCAUGCCAGGCAUGCAGGCGCCACACGACCCGCAGGCCUUCAGCGGAGUCAAAACGCGGGAGGCGCCACCCAUCGACAACCCGCAAUUCGUGGACGGCCCCGAGUACGACAAGCUGCGCGGCGACGUGGAGAAGAUCAAGGCGCUCAUGGGACCCGCCGCGGUGGCGGCGGUGCCGGUGCCGGGCAAGGAGGGGCUGCAGCCGGUGCCGGGCGCGGCGGAGGCGCUGGGACCGUGGGCCAACAAGACCAUCCGCCAGGCGGCAGACGACACCAAGAACGCAGUGGACGGCGUUCAGGCGGACCUGGGAGACAUGAAGAAGCGGAUGGCGGACAUGGCGGAGGCCAUGAAGGCGCUGGAGGGCCCGCUGCGGGCAGCAGCGGCUGCUGCUGCCGACGACGGCAAGGGUGGGCCUGGCGGCCCAGGCGCCGCCGGCGGCCGCAACCCCAUCGCGGUCAAUGCCGUCAUGGUGCCAAGCGGGCCGGGCUCGGCACUCACCGGCCCCGGCCGCCCGGGUGGCCCAGACGGACCAGACGGCAACAACCCGGUGACUGUGGACGCGGAGGAAAUCCGCAACCUGAAAAAGGCGGUGGAGGACCUGCAGAACACCGUGGGCCAGCCCGCGCCCGCCGCGGCGCCUGAGGUUGCGAAGAAGCCCAAGACGCUCAAGGAGGACACGGACGACAUCAAGAAGUUCGUCCGCGCCAUGGGCAAGGACGUGGGCGCGAUGGGCAACGACAUGCAGGCGCUCAAAAAGCACCUGGACGACGUGGAGGGGGCCAUGAACAAGGCCCUGGCCAACCUGGCGGCGGAGCUGGCCAAGAUGAAGGCGGAGCGGGACGCCGACGACGAGGGCGGGCCACGGCGGGACCAGCGCAAGCUGGAGAACGCGGGGGACACCAUGGCCGAUACCAUCAACGCCAUGGCGGCACUGAACGCGGCGCAGCAGCAGCAGCUGGCGCGCGCCGGCGACGGCAGCCGCAACGACGACAUUGACGCGCUAAACGAGGCGAUGCGGCAGAGCGAGAACCAGCUGGCGCGGCUGCUGGCCUUCCUGAAGCAGGACGUGAUGGACCGGUUCGCGGUGCACGAGAAGACGCUCAUUCGCAUGGCCAAGCAGAUCGACUAUAUCCAGCGCCUGCUCAAGGGCGAGUUCGACGACCAGCGCGAGGCCUCGCGCGACGCCGGCAGCAGCCUCACGGUGUCCACCCCCGAGGGACACACCAUGGCCACAUACGACUCCUGAGGCAGAGGCGGGCGCGAGAUCGGCGGGCGGGGCUGAGGUGUGGGGUACGAGGUGGGUUGUGAUUGAGGUGGGGGGUUGAGGCGGGCGCGAGGUGCCGUGGGCACGGGUGUGUGGCAAAGGCUACCUGUCAGGCGGCUGCAGUGGAUGGAGGUAGAGGCGGGGCAGCAAGACACGCUUGGUGUGAAGUGGGGGGCGAGAGACCGGCUGGCUUGGAGCCGGCUCUGGUGUACAUAGACGACAAGGACGCGCAGAAGGGGACUACGCAUGGACAAGUCACUCCGCAUGUGCAGUGGACCGCUGUGCCUGCGGGGCACGCGCCUGUGGGCUAUAGGGCGGAAGGGCCCGGCGUCACAACGUCGGGCCGCAGUCAUUGCGUGUAGAUAUGGUGUGGGGCUUCCUGUGAUAUGCUUUCCCCCGUGAACCCUUCUUGUGCAUGUUAUAUACCGUUGGCUGGGACCUUGUGCAAAUGUGAUACUCGAGGCCGCCGCCAGUUCAGCGCACCAGCGGAGACCUUGGUGGACGGCUGGCGUGCGUGGUGCAGUGGUCCUGGCAGUGCGGGUAUUGUGUGUGUACCUGGUCAUGUGUUGUACCCGCCGCAAGGGCUGGGCGUGGCGAUGGCCGAACAGAACCUGCAAGUAUGUUUGACCGAGGCAGCGGUCGCACGCCUGUGAAGGUGGGCUAGUACUGGACGUAGAAACAUAUAGCACUGUAAAUGACUUGGAUG